AUGUCCAACCUCAAUGCUACUGUUUUAUUAACCAGACUUUUGUCACUACGAGGAAACUCAUCUUUCCACUUGAUUCUAGAUUCUUUAACUCAAUCGUCGUUUCACUUAAUACAGGAAUAUGCACAUCAUCUUAGUAACAACCACAAGAUAAUCUACAUAUCAUUUGAAACAGUGAAUCAGCCACAAUACGCGACUGACUUUUUUGACUGCACUAAUGAAAAUAUUGACCAGGCUAUACUGUUUAUUAAAUCGCAUACAAAGAAUGGCUCUCCAGCCCCCAAGUCGGUUGUUAUGAUUGACUCAUUAAAUUACAUUCCAAAUGAAAGUUUGACUCACUUUAUAGCCAAUAUUGUGGGCCCAAACGUGGUUAUAGUCGCUACUUAUCAUACGAACUGUGUGGAACCUUUCACUAGGCAUGUAAAUUAUCCAUCGAGUCUUUCCUUGCUCAUGUAUAUUGCCAGCACCAUUUUGGAAGUUGAACCAUUAUUGAACCAGUCAAUCGACAACGAAAAUUUGCAACAAAGCGUACUGAGGUUGAACUUUACCAUCAAUGCGCAGUUGAACAGUGAUGCUUUCAAGUUAAUUUUAACAAAUAGAAGAAAAUCUGGCCGGUCACUCAUUUACAAAUUUAGUAUACACAGCAAAAGUCAUACAUACGAAGUCUUUAAUGAAGCUUCAUCGGCAGAAGUGGCAGAAGAGGAGGAGGAGGUGGAAGAGAUGUUGAGAAAUUUGACUACAUUUAACUUGACCACCAGCAGCAAACAAAAGUUGGCCAGAGAACAGGUCGAAUUACCCUUCAUGCAAGCACAAGAGACGCUCGGGUCAUCAGGAGGAGCUAUUGUUUACGAAUUUGAGAAAGAUGAUGAUUACGAUGAAGAAGAUCCAUACGAAGAUCCUUUUUAA